UAUAAAUAGUUCUCUUUGCCGACAGCUGGUUGGGUUUCUUGCUGAAGGAAUUUUGCAAAGGUCUGUCUGGCUGGGAUUUGUCAUCUGCUGGCGGUUUUUGAAGUCCCGAGAAUGUUCAGUGUACUCUUUGCUUUCGUCGGCAUCUUGAAUGCAGUUGCAGCACAAGAACUGUGGCACCUGCCCAGCAUCUCGUCGACGAGUCAAGUUUUCUCGGCCUUCCACGCGUCCCACCAGACAAACACAGAGGCUUUGUCAGUGGUGUCGGACCCCGCGGGAGGAUCAGGUCACGUGUUGCGUGCGCACUACCCCAAAGGAAGCUACUCUCACUCCAGUGGCAUCAAUGUCAUCCAGUUCUAUGCCACUCCUAUACCAAGUCACACUUCUGUCAAACUGAGCUACGAUGUGUACUUCAGCGAGAAUUUCGACUUUGUCAAGGGAGGCAAGCUUCCAGGUCUUUGGGGAGGUGCAACGGGUACGUGCUCGGGUGGCCGCCAUUCAGAAGAAUGCUUCUCCACCCGCUUCAUGUGGCGCACUGGAGGAGCUGGCGAGGUGUACGGGUACAUCACCAGAAGUCAUCAGCGGUCUGACCUGUGCGACCAGCCAGACGUCCACUGCGACCCCGUGUACGGCAGCUCCCUGGGGCGGGGCAAGUGGCACUUCCGCAAAGGACAGUGGCAAAACAUCGCUCAGCUCGUGCACCUCAACACACCUGGCAAGGCCGACGGAUACAUCAAGGUGUACCUUGACGGAUCGCUGGUGUUUGAGCUCAACAAUGUCGCCAUUCGCAGCAAGGAGUCCAUUGAAAUCAGCGGCAUCUUCUUCUCCACCUUCUUCGGCGGCUCGGACAGCAGCUGGGCCGCCACGGUCGACUGCUACUCCUAUUUCAAAAACUUCGUUCUUGCUGCUGUGGACGAGCAUCCCGUUGGCUAAACUCUUCCAGUUCCUUUUUCCUGUCCCCCAGCUUGGACCAGAGAUGAUUUUUGGACAUAGUAGACAGAUAUUAACAAGAUAAACCGACUCUCGGAGCUUGGUAAUAAUAAACAGAUGAUAACAAAAUAAACCGACUAUCGGAUCUUGGAAUGUUCGAACCUGUUGAUACUGACAAUCCUGUGGAAGUGUAGACCAUGUCUUUUAGGACAGGCUAUUGAAAGCGAUGCUUGUUGAUAAGCAUCUGUGAUGCUUUUCUUUCACGAGAUAAACACUCUGUGUUGUGUAUACUUGUCCUGUAACAUGCACUAAUAAAGUUGAGACACAAAAGUAAA